AUGGGAGUUAAAGGCCUCAAUCAGCUAAUCAAGGAACAUUCACCACAUGCAUACAAGGAAUUUCAAUUGAAAAACUUGUUUGGUCGUAAAGUAGCCAUUGAUGCAUCAAUGUGUCUUUAUCAGUUCCUUAUUGCGGUUCGACAAUCUGAUGGUCAACAAUUAACCAACGAAGAUGGUGAAACAACAUCUCACUUGUCAGGGUUUUUUUAUCGUACUAUACGAAUGGUGGAAAACAAUAUCAAACCAGUUUAUGUCUUUGACGGGAAACCGCCAGUUUUGAAAGGUGGUGAGUUGGAAAAACGAUUAUUACGUAGAGAAGAGGCUCAAAAGCAAAUGGAUCAAAUCAAGGACGAAGGAUCAGUGGCUGAAGUAAUGAAGUACGAGAAACGAUUAGUUAGAGUAGGCAGAGAUCAAAACGACGAAGCCAAGAAGUUGUUAGAGUUGAUGGGUAUACCAUAUGUUAAUGCUCCCUGUGAAGCUGAAGCUCAAUGUGCAGAAUUGGCUCGCGGUGGUAAAGUAUAUGCUGCAGCUUCAGAAGAUAUGGAUACUCUAUGUUACGAGCCACCGUACUUGUUGCGUCACUUAACGUUUGCUGAAGCUAGAAAAAUGCCCAUUGAUCAAAUCACCUAUAGUGAAGCCAUGGAAGGAUUGGGGAUGCCAAAGGAUCAAUUUAUUGACUUGUGUAUAUUGUUGGGAUGUGAUUAUUGUGAAACUAUAAAAGGAGUGGGACCAGUAACAGCUUACAAAUUAAUCAAAGAACAUGGUUCGUUGGAUAAUCUUGUUGAAUACUUGCAGAACAACCCUGACAAGACCAAAUUCAAAGUCCCUGAAAACUGGCCUUACAAAGAAGCGAGAGAAUUGUUUUUGCAUCCCGAAGUAAUGGAAGCUAGCAAAGUUGAAUUGAAAUGGAAAGAACCGGAUGUUGAUGGGUUAAUUGAAUACAUGGUUAAACAAAAGGGUUUUAGUGAAGAUCGAAUUAGAAGUGGAGCUGAGAAAUUGAAAAAGGGAUUAAAAGGUGGUGUACAAGGAAGAUUGGAUGGGUUCUUUUCAGUUGUUUCAAAACCAAAGGAAACCAACGGCAAAGAUGAUAAGAAGAGGAAAACUGGUAGUGAUAAGAAGGGACCAACUAGUAAAAAGACCAAAAGAAAGUAA